AUGCAUGUUGCAAGCUUUGGAGCUUAUCUUCUAUCACGUAACAUUUUAACAGUGUCAUUUGCACCAAGAGAUACUCACAUAUCACAGGUUCAAUUUGCUCUUGAACGAGGUGUUCCUGCAUUGAUUGGAAUUCUUGCUUCAAUCAGGCUUCCAUACCCUUCAAGGGCCUUUGACAUUGCUCAUUGCUCACGCUGCCUCAUUCCUUGGGGCAACUAUGAUGGAGUAUACUUGACUGAAGUAGAUAGAGUGUUACGUCCAGGGGGGUAUUGGAUUCUAUCAGGGCCACCAAUAAACUAUGAGAAGCACUGGAGAGGGUGGGAAAGGACUCGUGAGAGUCUCAAAGAUGAACAGGAUGGAAUUGAGGAUGUGGCAAAGAGUCUAUGCUGGAAAAAGUUGGUACAGAAGGAUGAUCUUGCAAUAUGGCAGAAGCCAACCAAUCAUGCACAUUGCAAACUCAAGCGAAAGAUCUUCAAGACUGGUAGACCCUUCUGUGGUGAGGCACAGGAUCCAGAUGCAGCAUGGUACACUAAGCUGGAUACAUGCUUGACCCCACUUCCUGAGGUAAAGGACAUCAAAGAAAUUAGUGGUGGAGGAUUGUCUAAUUGGCCUGAGAGACUAACUUCAAUCCCCCCAAGGAUUAGGAGUGAAAGUUUGGAAGGAAUAACAGCUGAGAUGUUCACAGAAAACACUCAGUUAUGGAAAAAGAGAGUGGCUUACUACAAGAGAUUGGACCAUCAGCUAGCAGAACGUGGGAGAUAUAGGAAUCUGCUUGAUAUGAAUUCUUACUUGGGAGGCUUUGCAGCUGCACUGGUUGAUGAUCCUGUGUGGGUUAUGAACAUUGUCCCUGUUGAGGCUGAAAUCAACACCCUUGGUGUUGUGUAUGAACGUGGAUUGAUUGGAACCUAUCAAAACUGGUGUGAAGCCAUGUCCACUUACCCAAGAACAUAUGACUUCAUACACGGUGAUUCUGUUUUUAGCCUCUCCCAGAGCAGAUGUGAUAUGGUGGACAUUCUUCUAGAGAUGGACCGGGUUUUGAGGCCACAAGGUAGUGUCAUUUUGAGAGAUGAUGUGGAUGUGUUGACAAAGGUGAAGAGCAUUGCAGAUGAAAUGCAAUGGGAUGCCAGAAUUACAGACCAUGAAGAGGGACCUUAUGAGAGACAAAAGAUACUGAUAGCAGUGAAGGAGUACUGGACAGCCCCUCCUCCAGAGAGAAGCCAACAGAGAAAGCACUAG